AGCGCCCUCAAUAGUUUCAUCAAAAUAUAAAGCGUGGUUUUGGGAUCGAAGGCGGAUUUGUCUCCGUUAAGUGGUGUUUUUUUUUUACAUAAAACUUGAAUGAAAUAAUUAUGAUAGAACCGAAAAGGAAAGCAGAGGAGCAGGCUCUGGUCCAUGUGAAGCGACCCAGGAAUGAGUUAGUCGCGGCUUCUAUGGGUGGAAGCAUCGUUUCGGCGGGUCCUCCAAGAACAUCCAAUCUUCUGGCUCCCAUCAUGCUCCUGACUGGUCACGGAGCAGAAAUCUUCUCAGCUAAGUUCCACCCUGAUGGCAACACACUAGCCUCUGGGUCAUUCGACAGAAAUAUCUUUUUGUGGAGUGUCUAUGGUGAAUGUGACAAUUAUGCAGUACUUCGUGGACAUCAGGGUGCAAUCAUGGAAUUACAGUACACAACCGAUGGCCAACUGGUAUCCUGCAGUACUGAUAAACUUGUAUGUCUAUGGGACACGGAGACUGGUGCCCGAAUCAAGAAGAUGCGAGGUCACACAGCCUUCGUCAACUCUGUAUUUCCAGCCAGACGAGGGCCUUCUUUGAUCGUUAGUGGCGGAGAUGACGGAACCAUAAAGCUUUGGGACAGUCGCAAGCGAGGUGUUGUCCAGACAUUUCAGAACACUUACCAGGUCUUAGCAGUCAGCUUUAAUGACACCAGUGAUCAAAUCGUCUCAGCUGGAAUCGAUAAUGACAUCAAGGUUUGGGACCUCCGGAAAAACGGUUUGCUCUACAAGAUGCCAGGCCAUACAGACUCGGUAACUGGUCUAUCGCUUAGCGGAGAUGGCUCCUAUCUACUCUCAAACUCUAUGGACAACACAUUACGCAUCUGGGACAUCAGACCGUUUGCACCUCAAGAGAGAUGCGUAAAGCUGUUCCAAGGAGCACAACACAACUUUGAGCAGAACUUGUUGAGAUGUGCUUGGUCUCCGGACGGGAGCAAAAUAGCCGCAGGAUCAGCUGAUCGAUUCGUUUAUGUGUGGGACACAACGUCAAGACGUAUCUUGUAUAAACUACCUGGCCAUGCAGGCUCUGUCAAUGAUGUAGCAUUCCAUCCUCGUGAACCAAUCGUUCUCUCCUGUUCAAGUGACAAGCAAAUCUAUCUGGGAGAGAUCAUGUGAAUAUAACAUCAACCAAUCACAUUGGCUGAAGAUCAUCAUGUGACACGCUUCAACAAAUGGACUUGGACUAGAGAGAUCAUGUGAUGAACCUUUCAACCAAUCACAAUAGUUGAUUAUUAAGAGAUGUUCUCUCACUUGGGUUUAUUAUUAUCAAAGACAUCUGUCAGUUGAUUUGAUUGGAGAGUGCUAACCUACCGUCAACUUUCUGGGUGUGAAGUUCUGACCAUCCAAAUCAUCGACCUAUAAUACCACAAAGGUCAUGACCUCAAUCGACCUGGUGUUGACCUUGCUGUUCCUCGAGAUGUUUCCGGAGACAUUUGGAUUUUCUCAGGUCAAUGCUUUGUUGGAAACUAGAUGUUGCUCUUCGAAGAAUGAAACGGAAAGGCCUGCUUUUGAUGUGACAGACUGACUGGAGGCCAAGUCUGUCAGACAUUUUUUUUGUAGAUUUGUCUUCUGUGCUUAUUUUAAUUGUAGAAAUGUCAUUAAAGACUUUUGUCAUUUGUGAAUCUUGAUUAAAGACUUUCUGUUAUGAUACACUUUCACUUAUGGCUUGUAGAUACAAAUUGGGAUGGAAUUUGGAAAUCCUUCACCAUUUUAUUUGGGAUUCUUCUUGUGUGUGUUGGCAAAGAGAAUUGGCUGGCCUUGGGUUGUCGGAGAUUGUAUCUGAUAGUGAUAGUUGACCAAUAGAUCGGCAUCAAUUGAAAACCUCUGAUACAUCUGAUACAUUCUUGUACUAUCAAUUAAAAAGUUCUGUAAAUAGAAAUCGGAGUCAUAUUGUUUGGAACAAUUGCUUGUCAGCUAUUUUGAGUUCUGGCCAUAUUGUAGUAUGGGUCUACUUACAAAAUGUCACCUUUUGGGUAGUUGUGAAAUAAAGUUUGUACAAAAAUAUUGAA